UUCAGAUGAUGUAUAAAUCUAAAUUUAAAAAAAUGGACAUUUAUGACUGGUUUGUGGUCCAAUGUCACAUAUUUCCAAUGUCCAAUGUCGCUCUGACUUCUCAAGUGAUUGCGACGCCCCUGUGAACGCGCGUUGAUCUCGCGCAGACCUCUGAUGACGCGCGCACAGAGGUGGCGAUGGGAGACAGAGAUCCUGGACAUUGUGUGGGCCAUGUUGUGAUGGUUUGAGGGAAAAAAACAAAGCUCAGGGUGAGCUAAAGUAUGAUCAGUAACCCUCUCGCUUUGAGCUCCCUCCGUUGAGACUAUGAGGCAAGCAGUAACCGCCACUCUGUCUGUGUGGGGUGAGAGGCGUUUCGGAUACUCCACCCUCAAGGACUCCAGCGAGUCGCUGCUGGACGAGCGCAAGCUGAGGCCUGGACUGAAAGAGGACUCUGUCAUUGAAGAGAAAGAGCUGGCCGAGAAUGAGCAGGAGCAGCUGGAGGCUGUGCUGGGACUUCCAUCCUCUCCUGUGGAGGACACCCACCAAACAGACAGCACGGAGCCCUCAGACCCCUCCCUAGACUGCAAGAAGGGUGGUGGGAUGGAAGCGUCACUAGUGUGUGGUGGGAGGAAGGGAUCACUUGGUGCUUUGCCCAUGCAGCGCUGCAGUUCUCUGGGCACCACGGCUCCACAGUGGGUCCCCGAUUCUCAGGCACCAGCGUGCAUGAAAUGUGGAUCCAAAUUCUCCUUCACCAAAAGACGUCAUCACUGCAGAGCGUGUGGGAAGGUGUUUUGUGUGGUGUGCUGUGACCUCAGAUACAAACUGACUCAUCUCGGUGGGAAAGAGGGACGUGUCUGUGUCACCUGUCAUUCAGCUUUGAUGAACCGGACGCUUCGCAAGGACCAGAAGAAGGUCUGGUUUGCAGAUAAUCUACUUCCUCAGUGUGAGAGCAGAAGUGCCAACAGCUCUCCCCUUCACAGAAGUGUGUCCCACACAGAGAGGGCUGAGCUCGCUCAGGCGGAAGUAUCUGACCUUAGAGCUGGAGAUGAAGUCAGUGGCAACUCUACAAAACCCACUCCACCAAAGGACCUUCCCCCUAUUCUGACAUCAACAGGGGUCAAAGGAGACUACACUCUGGAGGAGAAGAGAACGGAGUCGUCGCUCUUAGAGGAGCUGGAGAGAGGUCUUGCAGCGCCUCUGGUGUUUGUGCUGAACGCAAACCUGCUGGCCGUUGUGAAGAUUGUCAGCUAUGUGAACCGGCGGUGUUGGUGUGUUAUGUCGAAGGGCAUGCAUGCUGUGGGACAGCCAGAGGUGGUCAUUUUACUGCAGUGUUUGCCUGAAGAGAAGAGAUUCCCGACGGAUAUUUUCAAUCAUUUCAUUCAGAUCUACUGGGAUGCCCAGACAGCAGGAAAGCUUCUGAAUCACCUAAGUCACUCUUUGGUAUCCCGAGGGUUUCUGGGUAAUACCGAGCACGCUGGCUUUCUUUACGUGCGUCCGACGUUUCAGUCUCUGGAGGGCCUGCCUUUACCUGCGCCGCCCUUCCUGUUCGGGGUCCUCAUGCUCCGUGCAGAGGCUCCAUGGGCCAAAGCCUUUCCCCUGAGACUCAUGCUGCGUUUAGGAGCGGAGUACAGAUUCUAUCCCUGUCCCUUGUUCAGUGUGCGCUUCAGAGAGCCUCUCUUUGGACCCGUCAACAACAGUAUAAUGAGACUCUUAGUGGAUUUCCGUUUUUACCGUUACACACUACCAACAGUGCCGGGGCUCGUGGUUGAUCUAGAGGCUAGAAGCACCUGUAUAAGAAUCCCUAAAACACGUCAUCCAGAGCUGCUGAAGGCGCUGAAUAAGUCUAAUGAGAGAGUGCUGGCCCUGGGCGCCUGCUUUAACGAGCAGGCCGACUCUCAUCUCAUUUGCGUGCAGACGGCAGAUGGACAGUACCAGACGCAGGCCAUCAGCAUUCACAGCCAGCCGCGCAGAGUCACUGGCUCGUGUUUUUUUGUGUUCAGUGGAGCGCUCAAACCUUCAUCAGGGUACCUAGCCAAGUCCAGCAUUGUGGAAGAUGGUUUGAUGGUGCAGGUAACCAUGGAGGCCUUGGCUGACUUACGUCGAUCUCUACGGGACAUGAAGGACUUCACAGUCGCCUGUGGAAAGCUCCCCCCAGCAGAGAGGCAGGAAUAUGUGCACAUUCAGUGGCAGGACGAAGAGCCGCGCUUCAAUAAAGGCAUCAUCAGCCCCAUCGAUGGCAAGUCUAUGGAGUCUCUCACAAACAUCAAGACCCAUCAGCGCUUAGAAUACAGAGCCAAUGGGAAGCUCAUACGCUGGACAGAGGUGUUUUACUUGCUGAAAGAUCAACAUCCAAAUGGUCUUAAUAACCACACCAGCCAGAACCGUCUGACGGAGCGUCUUGCGCGGGCGUUUUGUCUGGCACUGUGUCAGUCUCUCUGUUUGCUGAAGGAGGAUGGCAUGACCAAACUGGCUCUGAGAGUCACCCUGGACGGCCAGAAGAUGGAGUUCUUGGCAGGCAGUAACGGGCAGCGCCUUCCAGAUCCAUACCAGGAAUGUCUUAACCAAUCAUUAACGUCCGUGGUGCAGAGUAACUCUCAGUACCAGGGUCUCGCCGCCUGUCAGCUGGAGCUCAUCUUCUAUAUUCUGGAGGACACAUCGUAGAGACGGACCACCCACUGUCACAUGUGCCAACACUCCCAGAAACCUCACGAGCAAAACCUUUGAGUUCAGUAUCAUUUGAGAGUGGAAUGUAGUAGACGUCCCCAUGGGGCAGCUUAUUUUAGUAGUUUAGUCGAUACCCUACUGCUCACUGUGAAAGGGUCUGGGGUUACAACAUCAAAUGGCUUUAAAAACUACUACUAUCUCUCAGUCAUCACUAGAGGCCGACCGAUGUAUCAUUUUAGCUGAUCAUUCCACACCAUUAAGAGCUCUAUUGAAUAAUGACAAAAUGAACACUUGUGGAAGCCCAUUUCUGCCUCAGAGUUAUAAAAAUAUAAUUCAUGGUAUUACUAAUAAUUGCAAACUCAUACCUUGCUAUUGCAACAAUUUCUCAUAAAACUCUAUAUCUCACAAUUUGGACACAAAAUACUACUGUUUCUCUCAGUUCUCCUUCUUAUCUCACGUGUGCAACUUUAUUUCUUCUUAUUGCAGCAUCAUAUUUCAAUACUGUGACUAUUUCUCAUAAUUGUGACUUCUUAUAAUUCGUCACUUUUUAUAACUUAUUGCAACUUUAACCUCAUAUCUUGCUAUUGCAACUAUUUCUCUUAACUGUGAGUUUAUAUCUCGCAGUUGCAGCUUUCUUGCAAUUGCAACUAUUUCUCAUAAUUGUAACUUUAUAUCAUACAGUUGACCCUUCGUAAAGACCCGCCCCUCUUACUAACUGUUGCUAUCUCAUGUUCUCACGCAGUGAAAAAUACAUCACAAAGCAAAGAAGACAGUGACAGUGCGUCGACAGAUAAGACAGAGCAGGUUACUUUUGGUAUGAAACAGUCUCAGCUUGCAAAUUUGGUCAUUUUGUAAGAAAUUCUAACAAUAAAUGCCGUUUUGUGGCUCUUUAAUGUGUUGUGACAGAUUGGUGUAUUGCCUCAGUUCAAGCAGCAUGUGAACCGAUCGUCUCUUCCUCGUUAUUAGAUAUAGCGCAAAAUAAACAUGAAUGAACAUCAGAAGGUAUCUUGUUUCAACUACGGAAAGACGUCAAUACACUGUUUAUCAAGUUAAAGUCUGAUACACCACCAUGGUGUUUUGAUGUCUUUAAAACAAGAUACCUUCUGAUGUUCAUUUCAUGCUAUAACUGGUAAAUAUGAAAAGACGAUCGGUUCACGUGCCGCUUGAACUGAGCCUCUACAGCGAUCCUUCACAACACAAAACGCUAUUUAUUGUUUGCAUUUCUUUAAAAAAUGUGUUGUCAGUUUCCUCUUUGCGUCGGCAUGUAUUUUUCACUGUUUGAGAACAUGAGGUGUGGUGUGAGAGCACUAUGGCUUGACAUAGCAACAGUAACUAAGGUGGGCAGGACUUGUAAUUUCAGCUAUUUUGCGAGUUCUUUACUUCUUGUAAAAACAUUUCUUAUCAUUACGACUUUGAAUCUCGUAACUGCUACUUUUUAUUACUAAUAAAUUCUAUAUUUCCACCAGAGUAAAAAAUAACAUAAAACUGUAUUUCUUUUAACUGCAACCUCAUAUCUCACUAUUUUGACUAUUUAUUUUUUACUCAUAGUUAUGAUUUUAUUUCCACCACAGAGCAAAACAAGGUGUUGUAACUGUCUUAAUUAUGACCAUAUCUCACUGUUGAUACAUUCUAGUAAUUUAAUCAUUUAAAUGCGACUUUAUUUCUUAGAAUCUAAACUUCACAUCUCACAACUGUGAUUCUUUCCCGUAAUUGCAAUUACUUCUCAAUCGCAAAUUCGGGUCAAAAAUGGAACAUUUUUGUAAUUCCAACCUUGUGCCUACCAAUUACGAUUAUUUCUCGCAACUAUGACUUCAUGUCUCUCAUUUGUGACCGUUUUGUAUUGAUUUAAUUCUCAUUACUGUCUGUACAAUACCUCAUUAUUGCAAUUUUUUUUAAAUAUUAUUAUUAUUUUAAAAAUGUUCUACUUAAUUACUUUUUUAAAACUCUGAGGCAGAAAUAGCCUUCCAGAUUAUUUCUAGAGAUUGAUCAAAGCCUCCAGUGGAGAAUGCUUGGUUUGUUGUGCUGUGACUACACUUAAAAAAGAGCCAUACACAAGACAGGAUAUGAUUUUGAAUUCUUACAUUAAAGUCAGUGCUGCAUUUCAGAGGGUUAAGUUAAAGUUACGCAUUCAAGAAGGUUUUCAAUAUUCUGAUACCACAAAACCCAUUAUUGGUUCUUAUUUUAUUCUUAUCAUUAUCUGUGACAAACUGAUGUAGCUGUCUGUAGUUGUACUGCUUGUGUAGACCUGGGCUUGGUCAGAAACAGGAUUUGAAACUUGAGGCCUGAAACGCUGACAAAUGAGGACCAAAGUGCGACAUGAAACCUGAUUCCAGAGUGAAUGAGAUUUAUGAGCAUGACGUGAUAUUGGAGAGAGAAUCCGUUUCUUCUAGUCUUCCACAUGUAGAACUCAUUGUAGCCUUGGCGAUCUCUGUUGUGCUUCCUGAUAGAGGCGUGAGGAUGUUUUCCUUCUGAGUCACUGUACAAAUUCCAUGUAACACCCUGUUCUCCCAGCUUUCCGAGAGGAGCGCCCUGACCUCUGCCCUACAUUAACGCACACCUGCCUGGAAAAAAAUGGCGCUAGGAAUUCAGCCAAACAAAGACGACGCUUGGAUAAACAGGAGAGAGAAUUAUACACACAAACUCAUGUGCACUGUGAGCUCGAAGUCAUUUGUUCCUAUGCGGUCUUCUGACCUCCCUCACACACACACACACACAGCGUAGGAUGCUUGCUCAUCUGGUCUUCCUCUGUUGCUUUUUAGGAAGUGAAUGGACUUUUUGUUUACACUCAACAUGCUGCACAUACUUGAGAUGACAAAUGCAAAUUAUGAAGGAGAACUGCGGCAUGCACACUGCGUUUCCGACUGAACCCAAAACACGAGAAACCACAAGAGCGAAGAAGCAGAGGUACUCUUGCAUUCUUGUAAAUGAUUAAAAAAUAUUUUAAUAUGUUAAGCAUUUGCAUCGGAGAUGCCACUUGCAAAUUUCAGCCGGAAUUGUAGGUCAAAUGACUUGCACAGGUUUUAUUCAUGAAGGAACUAUAAUGUGCCAUCAAACCGCAUAACGUGAAAUAAACAGAUAACUGUGUAUUUUAAAAUGGAA